GCUUCUAGCUGAGUCACUUAGAUUUGUCUUUACUUCUUCUUCUUCACCUUUUUCUUCUUUGAAGCUCAGCUCAGUUUCUUUUUCUUUCUAGUUUGUUCUAAAUCUCUCCACCAUCCAACCACCAUUACUAUCUCCAAAGCUUUUGAAUCUUUUUAAGCGAGAAGAUGACAGACUGGGGUCCGGUGUUUGUAUCAGUAGUACUCUUCAUACUAUUAACACCAGGAUUACUGGUUCAAAUUCCUGGUCGGAACAAAGCUGUUGAAUUUGGGAAUUUUCAGACGAGUGGUGUUUCGAUUUGUGUUCAUUCUGUUAUUUAUUUUGUUCUUGUUUGUAUCUUCUUGUUAGCUCUUCAGAUCCAUAUGUAUAUUGGUUCUUAACAUGAAUUUUACUCUUAAUUUUGUACACUUAUGUUCUGGAUUUUAUAAAAGUGAAAACAGAUUGAGUUCUGAAUUUCUGAGAACAUUAUUACUCUGUAUACUUUACUGUUUGCUUGAGAUUUGUUCAUUUGAGUACAGAAUUUGAUUGUUCUGGUAAGAACCCAGAAUCAAGUAAGGGAUUUUGAAGGUUUGGGAUUUGAUUUGGAUCCAAUUUUAACUUCUUCCUAGUUUGAGUUCUUUGUUUUAUGUGUUGAAUGAGGGUUAAUUUGUGGGCACAUUACUCUGGUGAACUAAGGUUCAGUGAGUUCAGUUACAUCCAAUUCUGGAUCCAAUUUGUUUGUAUUUUAAGAACUGUACUGGUAUUACUGUGUUAGUCUUUGAAUUUUUAUGAAGAAUUGUAUUUUUUACAACUUUUACUUAGGGAAACAAUGGUGCAAGUUGGAUUACCUUUUGAUUAUCCCCUUCAGAUUUGGACCACAGGUUGUUAACUUUUUUCUGACUGAACAGAUUUGCAGUGACUAUCAUGAAGGUUCAUGUACCAGCCAUGGGUUCUGAAUGCCAAUUGCUGCAUGAAAUGAGUACCAAAACUAGGGAGACAACUCAGCAAGAUACAAAAAGAUCGAUACCAUUGGACUGUUCAUGGUUUUCAGGCAGAGAGUGGUCGUGAUAAAAAACAGUACAACACUAUAAGUCUUAAAAAUGCUCGCCAAGCUUGGGAGAAAAUCUGUUCCUACGACACGUCCAAACAACAAAAACAAAGCCGAUAGAAAAGUGCCAAGUUGCAAAGGAAGAAAAAGCUAGCUCACAAGAUUCAAUAAUCCGGAUGGCCAGACUUGCCAUUCUUUUCUAGAGAUUUUGGAAUAUCAAUAUCUUGCUUCCUGGAUCUCAUGACUCGGAGGUCCUUCCGGUUUCCGGGGAUUUCGCCGUCUCUGAAGCACAUACCAACAUUGGCGUCCAAGUGAUGUCUUCUCCCUCUUUAGUUUAGGUGUCAGCUUUUCAGGAUGCUGCAUCUUCAUCUCAAUUUUUUGCUCCUCACCUGGAAAUUCAGCUUCCCGUCUCAAAAGUGCUUGUGCUCCACAUUUUGCCGCAUUAUAUGCAGAAUUAUUUGAGUA